AUGGAAUGGCUAUUUACCUCGGCUCUCACUCAAAUGAUCGGCUACUCAAACAACAUGGAUCAAACCAGCAGCUGCGAAAGCACCCGCAACAAAAUGAAGAUGAUGAAGAAAGAAGAAUUCCCAAGUGGAUUCCAAGUUCCUCUUCACUACCCUAAAUUCUCCAAGUCUGACUAUGAGGCCAUGGAUGAUCUCAGCCUUGACUUGCUCCUCAAACAAUAUGGAAUCUCCUUCGAAGGAUCUCUUGAUGACAAGAGGGUCUUUGCUAUUGAAUCAUUUCUCUGGCCCCGUCAGCUUUAA